AUGGAAGAAGACGAGCAAGAGGUAGAGGAAGCCGUGAAUGAGUUCAUUCUUGAAGAAAUUAUAGAAGAAGAGGAGGAGGAGAAUGUUGAAGUUGAAAAUAUGGAAGCAACAAUGGAGUCUGGGUGGUUUGUACAAACAAGAAUGGAGUAUGAUAUACAUUUGCUUAAUGAAGGCUAUCAGCAAACAAGUGGAAGACGGACUAGGACAGCUCGAAUGCAAGUGAAUACUAACUACAUUCAUUACAAUAUUCAAAUGCCACAAUCGGUUCUUGAUGACACCUAUACUGAUGAAAUUGAAGUCGAACAAGAAGAAGAGGAGGUGGUGGAGGAGGAAGACGAUAUUAAUGAGUUUGUGGAUCAAGAUAUGUCUGAGUAUUUCGAAAGAAGUACAUGUUAUGUUACUUGUGUUAUGGACAUAGACUCCAACGAAGAUGGUGAUGAUGAGGAACAAGAAGCAUGUGCUAUCUGCCUACUUGAAUAUAAAGAUGAAGAUAACAUUGGCACACUUCAAUGUGGCCAUGAACUUCAUGCUGAAUGCAUCAACAAGUGGUUGCAGAGGAAAAAAUCAUGUCCUUUUUGUAGAGCUUCAGUUUUACCCACAAACACAUGA